AUGUUUCAUCCACAGGAAGUGCUCGAUGACGUGAACGUCAUCAACCAAGUUUUCGCGCAAAUUAUUUCAGACUGCCGUAAAGGUAUUGCUUAUCAUAUCCGAGCAUAUGAGAGAGACGACGUUGUCAAUAUACUAAGGGCGAAAAAUAUUCCUCCAGAAUUGUUGGACAGACAGGCAGAGAUUCCUGUCGACGUGAAAGUUGCAGUUAUUUCGGCUGCUCGUAAAUGGCCGUUAUAUUUUAUGCAAGUUUACGAGGCUGUGGAAGAACGCAUAGAUGAAUCCGUAUCUGUACUGCUUUCUAUCAGUGAACAUGGUGUUCGACUUAUUUUACAUACUUCACUGGACAAGGAGAAUCCGUUAAAAGUACAAGAUCAUUUCGAUUUUUCUGAUCUAUCUACUAUCACCGUGGAAAAUGAUGGGUUGCUCUGUUUACAUACAAGAAAUGGUAUGGUUAUUCGGCUGCGUACAAAAAUGGCUCCACAAAUAAAGGAACAGAUCGAUAAAUGCAUGUUUGGUCAAAUCCAGCGUAAACAAUUUGUUCGUGCCACAUCUGAUUACAUAACCAAACAAUCGAAUUUGUUAUCAUUUAAGAAAGGAGACACUAUCGAGCUUGUAUUGCUUAAAGAGAACAUCACGAUUUCCUAUAUCCUUCCUCAUCAGAUCCCCUUACCAACCAGCGAACUGACCCCGUCUGGAUCAUGGCUUUACGGAAAAAUCGGGAAUCGCUACGGUAGUCUUCCUGGGCAGUAUGUCGUACCACUCGACGAAAAUAACGUUCGUUGGACGCUUCUAGGAAAGGAAUGGACGUGGAGCGAUAUCGCUCAUAAAAUUAAGUUCACCGAUAAGCCGAUCUCACACUCUCUAAUACGUUUCGACUCAGGCGAAUUGGACAAAUUGGCAUGCGAGACGUUCUUAUGUAUAAUGCGUUACAUGGGAGAUGAACCCAUUCGACGUGGUGAAACAGUCACAGACUCGGUGUAUUGUCUAUUAUUAAUUUGUCAUAAAAAUCCAGCACUACGUGAUGAAGUAUACUGCCAGGUUAUUCGUCAGACUACGAAUAACAAAUCUAGCAAGCAAGAGAGUUCGAUUCGAGGAUGGAGACUGUUUUCAAUACUAACAGCUUAUUUUGAUUGCUCCCUUGCCUUACGACCAUAUGUGAUCAACUACCUUGUCGAAAAUGCGGAUGAUCAUCGAAGAGCUUACCAUGGAACCGCCCAAAUUUGCUUACAAAAUUUGAAUCAAACCAUUCGUUAUGGUGGACGAAAGUACUUGUUGAGUGGAAUGGAAGUUGAAGAGAUUACGGUAAUUUUGUUUAUUACAAGCGUAACAGUGGUUGAGGAAGCCAUUAGGGAAUUGUGUUUGGAACUUAACAUUAGGAGUCCAUCCGAGCAACAAGAAUUCUGCCUCACCUACUUCCUUGAAAAAGAAAAACGACUAGAAUACUGUGUCAACAACGAAUACGUACUCGACAUAUGCACUGAAUUAGAACACAAGCGCAAACAAUUCUACUUUUUGCUAAAACGUUGCACCUGGGUGCAUCCAGUCAGGCUGGACGAUCAAGUGUAUAUUGACGUGAUGUUUUUUCAAGUAAGAAUCCCCGAUUAUUUGCUUGGAUUAUAUCUGACUAGACAAGUUGGUGGUCAUCUAAGCGCUUCUACAUGUGAAGACAUUACCAGACUAGCCGCCUAUCUUCACCUUGCAUCCAAUGAAGGGCAAAGAAUCGAUGUUACGCCGUUAGUUUCUGUACUCGAGGGUUCUUCACAGUCAGUUGAAGCGUGGGCAAAUAAGAUUAACCGGCAGCUACGAUCAAUGCAUCCGAAAACAACGAGUACUCAAGCUAGAGCUGCCUUUUUAGGUACAAUGAAAUACACGGUUUUGCUGUCUGCAUGGCCGUUAUUUGGUAGCACAUUGUUCUCGUUAGAUGCUGUAUCAUGUGAGGGACGAUUGUUGCCACAACUGGAGUUAGCAGUUGGAAGGACAGGUGUAAAACUUCUGAAACCAGGAACUCGUGAUGUUUUGGAACAGUGGCCUUACGACAAGGCACGUUGCGAAAUAGUUUCUGCCAUCAAGAAUGAAUCAACAAUUUCAAAGCAGUUUCAGAGUUCUUCAAUAACUCGACUUGUUGCCCAGUACACAUUUAUCGUUGGCGAAAAUCGAGGACUACUGAGUGAUUGA